CAUAACAAUUAGGCAAAUAAAACAAGUGACUCCGACGUUGGAAUUGGCCCCCAAAACCAUCAAAUUCCCAACAACCCUCACCACCAUUUCUUCCAUAAAUAACCAACCUCACCCCUCAGCUUCAUGCAGUGUGUCUGAGCUUCUACAUCACUAUCAUUUGUCUCUCUCCCCAUCUCUCUGAAGCUGAACUGUGAAUUGAUUGAGUUUAUUUCCUUACUCAACUAGUGCAUCCCCUUAAUUCUAUCUUUCUUCAUCAUCAACAUCUCAGAAAUGGCGAGAAAUGUGUCUCAUUCUCAUCUGGAAAUAAAUGGGUUGGUUUCAGUGGACCAAAAACUCGCUUUGGCAAAGCGCUGUGGCCAUGAGGGCGUCGUCGCCGGGGCGAAAGCGGCCGUUUUGGCCACCUUUGCUUCCGCAGUUCCUACUUUAGCUAGUGUGAGGAUGCUGCCUUGGGCUAGAGCUCACCUCAAUCCCACUGCUCAGGCUCUCAUCAUCUCUACAGUGGCUGGUUCCGCAUACUUCAUAGUCGCAGACAAGACUGUUUUGGCCACUGCAAGGAGAAACUCCUUCAAGGAUUAUACUAACACCCAAGCUUAAUUUCCAGUCCCCCCACGUUUUCCUUUUGUUUUGCUUUUCUGUUUUCUGUAAACUUUGUUGCUCCAAAACCUAUGUAUACUGUAAAAUACAUAAAAGCAAGUUUGUUUUCCAUGGAUUCACUGUUCUAAGUUUUCCAGCAGGUUGUAUCUUGCAUGUACAAGGGAUUAUAAUCCAAAUUUUUAUGAGGAAUCAGCUGAGUAACGAUUAAUAGGAAAUUAAACA